AGGUAUUAGGCAAGAUAUGCAGCUAGCUUCUAUCAUGCGGGCGGCACUGAUCCAGCCGCUGAGCUCACCACGCACCAUUCGGCACUCACCUGCCUGCUCGAUCCAUCUCUAAUCUGUUAGCCAUAUCCACCAUUAAUUAUAUUCUGCUCAUGCUUUCUCUCUCUCUCUCUAAUCUCUCUCCCUCUAACCUCAUGUGAACCUGAUAUAAAGGGGAGGCCAGGUGAAGGGAAGGAAUCAAACUAGCUAGCUAGCUGCCUAGUUCUUCUUCCUCCUCUCGAUCGAUCGAUCAAGCAUCCAGGCUCGAUCUUACUUUAUUUUUCUGUCGCCUCGACGCCGGCGGGAGAGCGACCACCAUGUCCAUGUGUAGCAGGAACAAGGACGGCGAGCAGAUCAUCAUCAGGGCCGGCGGCGCGGCGGCGGCGGCGGCGCCGGCGACGAUGAGGAAGGGCCCGUGGACGGAGGAGGAGGACGCGCAGCUGGUACGGUUCGUCCGCCUGUUCGGCGAACGCCGAUGGGAUUUCUUAGCAAAGGUGUCAGGUUUGCGCGGUGGCGGGUGCAUCGAUCCGUCCCCAUGCAUCCUCGCGAGCAUGCGUGAGGGCCGAUCGACCAAGGUCCACGGGCAAUGGCGUGAGGUGUUAACCGUUUGCUUCUUCUUCUCCUUGGCUCUUCUCCGUCACCGUGCUGCAGGUCUGAGGCGCACCGGCAAGAGCUGCCGCCUCCGGUGGGUCAACUACCUCCACCCGGGCCUCCGCCGCGGCCGCAUCACCGCCGACGAGGAGCGCCUCAUCGUCCAGCUCCACGCGCAGUGGGGCACCAGGUGGUCGCGCAUCGCCAGGAGCCUCCCCGGCCGCACGGACAACGAGAUCAAGAACUUCUGGAGGACGCGCACCAGGAAGAAGGCGCUCGAGGAGAGGCGGCACGGCGGCGACAAGACGGCGACGGCGGCGUCGCCUCUGUCCUCCUCUGUGACGACGGCGUCCUGCUGCCCUGGCUCUCCGACCACGCCGUCCUCGUCGGCAGCGGCAUCAUCCGACGAUUCAGCGCUGCGGGAAGGCAGCGGCAGCGGCAGCGGCGGCGACGACGCCGAGCUCGAGGAGGCGUCGACGGCCACUGCGGCGAGCCAGCACCAGCAGCCGCAGGAGUACUGCUGCACCAUGGACCAGCUGUGGAACGAGAUCGCGGCAGCCGAUGCGGCGGCGAGCUACGUGCUCGACGGCUGGGGAGCCGCUGGCCAUUGUUAUUAUGGUGCGGCCGCUGAGCCGCCGCCGAUGCCGUCGUCGCCGGUGUGGGAGUACAGCUCGGAUUAUUCGCUCUGGAGAAUCGACGACGAGGAAUACUACAGGGAGACGAUGCUCGACGCCUCCUGAUCCGUCGAUGCAUAUGAUAUCGAUCCAUCCAUUCAUCUUUCAUAUGCUGGUAGAGCUAGAUUAUUAUCUGAAUGCUCUGCAUGCGACGAGUGUUUUCACAUCAUUUGUACGUGUAAGAGAAAAAUUAGGAGCGAUGAUGAGCGAGGUAGAUUAUCAUGGUGAGAGAACUGUGUAUUGAUGGUAGCUGAAGUAGUGACUGUCUGAAUAUAUAGUUUCAAUUGUCUGAAUCACAUCACCUGAUGCUUGUAGCCUGUACUUGCUCGUGCAGCUUAAAAAUCGAUGAUAUGGUGGUCCUA